GCUUCAGCUGCACCUCCAGCUGAUGGAUCCAAACAGCUCCUGUGCGUCUCCAGGAGCUGCCGCCGAUAUUCUGACAGGGAAGUGGAGAAGUGACGCACUCUGGACAUACAGAAAGAGAUAUGCUGUCAACACUGAGGCCGACACUGGCCGCCGUGUGGAGGCUGCCAACAGGACAACAAAAUCCAGAUAAAUUAGAUUAUUGGAUUGACUGCAACAGAUUAUAGCUCUCCUACUUCCCCGAUGCUUCAUAAGAAAACCGCAUCAAUCUGAUCAUAUACGCGGAGUUUUAGGAAAUAUAGGUACAGGUAAGCUUUUUAUUCUUUAAUAAUGUGUGUUUAGUUCUUCUCUGACCCUGUUAUUCAAUGUGUUUGUUUUGAUCACGGUUUAGUUUAAGGAUUUUUGGAAGGAGAUAAGAAGGUCGCUGUAUAUUAAGCUGCGGUUACUCAAGACAAACUGGUCAUUUGAUGUAAAAUUCAGACUUUACAUUUUAUUUGUCAUUGAAUUGUAGUGCAAACUAAAAGAGAGAGAAAAAACAUUCUGGCAUUUGCCUCCCUUGCAGCCUCAGUCUAUUCAGCUGACUGUUAUUGUCAGUAGAGUAUAGAUGGGGCCAGCAGAUCCAAAUACUAAAUGAAAUACACUUUAUUGUCCCCAAAUCAGCAAUCAUACAACUGAAGUCGGCUUUAAAGUUCUCAUAUUUUCUCUUUUGAUAGAAGUAAUUUUCCUUUUAGCUCAGACUGGUUCCAAUCACUGCCUGUUAUGUAUGUGGAAGUUGUUGUGUUUUACCUGAAUGGAUGUUAGAACUGCUUCUUCACACUGUCCAGUUUGAAAUAUCCAUUCACUUUUACACACAGUUACUCAAAUAAUGCAAAAUGUUAAUAUCAAAAUAGACUGCAUUGUGCAGAAUCUGCUCUGAAAGAUGCAUCUUUUCAUCAAACUGUGGCUUAAUGCUUAAAGAAUAUUUAGAGUACAUAUAAAAUACUGACCCAGUUUACUUUAUUACAAGUUGUACUGUUUCUCAUUAACUGUCACUUUGAUAUUAGACUAAAGGCAAUUUAAUGUACUAUAUAAAUUGUAAUUAAUAGUACUAUUUACAGAACUGGAAGCAAGUGCAAUACAUGAAGAUUUUUUUUUUUUUUUAAUUCUCUUUAUUGAGGUUCAUAUUUCUGUGCAGGACCAAAAACAUAUAAAAUGGAACCUUAUUUCCCACAUUUUUUUUAACAACUGAACAAAUAUGAACAUACAGCAGGUAUAAGAAGAAAAUAAAUAAAAGAUACAUGAAGAUUUUUAAUAGUCAAGCACACCUAAUAUACACAAGACACAUAAUUGAGCAAGACUGGGUCUGUAUCAACAGUGAACCGACUGUAGUUGUUUUUAAUCUCCAUUACCUGCAUGAAUUGUUUACAACCUGCUGCAGCCUAACACGCUGUGACAAGAAUGACAGCAGUGUUUUAUCAUAUAAUGUUUUAAUGGAUGACACCACAAAGGAGAACAUAAGCUCCCACAGUUACAAGACUGUGGAGCAACAAAUUCUUUCUGUACAUUUUAUACAAAAUGUUAUUCAAUUUGAACUCUGAUGUUUGGCUUGUGAUCAUGACGACUGGUUUAGUCCAUAUCUUGAUAAAUCUCAGAGGAAAAGCAACAAGAAGACAGGAGUCUGUCCCUCCACUGAGGUUUGUCCUUAGAUAACACCUGACUGUUCCUGUGGCAGAUGGAAAAAACAUGGUGGGCAGGUACUUCCAGGUGAGAUUCUCUGUAACUUUGCAUAGCUUUGCCUGAAAAGAGCACAGAGGUAAACUGACCCCGGUAACCUGCACCAAAUGUGCUCUGUUUUCUGAUGAUGAUUUUUAAUACUGUAUACAAUACAAGUGACUACAGACAUGUACUUCAUGCAUGAUGCAUGAAAAAGAGGUAAAAGGUAUGAUUCUAAACACACAGCAAUGGUAAAAUUUAAAGCCUAUUCCAAUAUCUGAGGAGGAUGUGACUCUGCCUAUUUAAAAGGUGCACAUGUUUGAUGAAUGAGGGAUUUUUUUAGGGUGGAAAAGUAUGUUUGUAUUGAGUUAGUCCACGUUGGUACAAGAUACAUUCCUGUCUCAGUGUUUAAAAGGAAUGGUCAGAAAAAAACUUGACACCUUGUGUCUGGUGAAAAGAAAACCUUUGGUUGAAUAUAGUCAGAGGUGAAAGUGUUGCUCAGUGACAUCAAAUUGGCCAACUCAGCCUCCCAGCACUGCUGUUUGGAUGGAGGAUGUGCACGUAUAAGCAGAAAGGGCAUGAAAAUAGCCAGCCAAGCAGGAAUGCUGUAUAACAUUGUGUCUAUAAUCCCCAGAUGAAAGCAGUAGCUGAUGGGAUGCAAGUUUAGAGAAAGAUGCAACAAAUUACACAGAGGAUAAAAGUGUUGGCGCACAGCGUCACGUUACGUUUUCAUCGAGAGAAGAGAUAGACAGAUUGUGUUGUGUGGACUUAGAGAAAGACAGAGAGUUUAAUCCCCUCUAGCAGGGAGGGGAGCAACAGGAAGGUAGGAUAAUGCCACCGGCACAGAGACCUGCAGACCCUGUCGGCUGCUCUGCUGUUGCCAUGGUUGAUAAUCAACUGACAACUGACACUGUAUUCUACUGUACCUCUCUUGUGUAUAAGGCCUGCAUUGGGCAGACUCAUGUUUACAUAGGAUGUUUAUUUACUAAAUAUGUGAAGAAGCCUCAGAAGAAGCAGUUUGGGGUUCACAAGGAAGCCAGUUUGUUGCUUGUAGGUUGUAAUAGUAGAAUUAUCGAAUCCAUACCAGGGUACAUUCACCAUUACUGCACUUACAUCAUUUAAACUGCAAGUGUGCUCCUGAUAGAAGCUUAAUUUACUCCUACAGAAAUGCUCAAACUCUCCUUUAUUUUUUUUUUCAUUCCAGAGGCAACCCUACAGAGCCAUACUUUAAAAAACUGCCAUUGAGUACUGGUUGUUGGUGCUGUGGUUUUGGAGGCAGUAUAUAUGUGUAUGUGCUGCUGCAGAGCGAUCACAUGGCGGACAGCUUUAACUCAGGGAGCUAUUACCGUCCACAUCUAUUAAUACCCCCAAAGGCCUCACUGAGGAAAGAUGCUGCUCAGUUACGUCUGACAGAAAGUCGCAAGGGUUUAAGUUGUAAUGCCAGAUUGUAAAGGCACCAGAACUUGUUUACGUCUCUGCAUGGUACAUUGAAGGUUCCAGACUUUCACUCGGUGUGGAGAUUUAUAGUUCUUCUGCUGAAGGCUAACAAGAAUAAUUACACAUUUCAUGAAUACCUUAUCAUGUACAACAGCAAUAGUGACAUAUUUAAACAAUUUGGGUUCUGGUGCCAACACUAAAUAUUAUAAUGAUAUAUUUAAUGAUAACAUUUUAAAAGUAUACAUAAAUACUUCAGUAUUAUGUAUAUAUGCAGAAGAAGACAAAAUCACAAUAAUACAUCAGUUAUGUUUGUAUGUGAUCAAAGAAUUAAAACAAAAACAUAUACAGUUUUCUCUUAGAUUAUUCUUAGCAAACUCUAUUAUCGGCUCAUUUUCUGGAUAUUAAACAGCAUAGAUCAGGGUUCUGGCUAAUGUCUUUCUUUAACAACCUUGUUUUGAUGGUGUAUUUGUUGUUAAUGUUUACUGUUUGAAAGAUUUUUAAGAUUUUUUUAAAAUCUAAAUAGAUGUCUGUUAACUCGCUUUCUUUCUGUAAAUGAGGUAGCACAAUUUAGCCUCUGAUCAACUGAUGAUAUUAUAUCAAAGUCCUUGUAUUUCCCAUAUUACAAACUGGGUGUCUGUGGCAACAUUCCUGCACAAAAUCACAUGUUCCAUCAUCAUCGAGCAGUUAAACAGAUUCACUCUUCAUCUCAGCUGUGUGUGAAGCGGCGUGCUGUUUUCUUUUCCACUAGAGUUACAGUUAAACGUUACUGUGGUUGAUGGUGAUAAUACAUAAACUCACUGCCAACUGCCAAAUUACAGAUGAUGUUGAGGUUCAAUAACACACCUGCAGUUAUCACUUGUUGCCAUAGGUGCUGCAUAAGAGAAGGUAGCAGACAUUUCUGAGGUCGCCACUCUUGUACAUUAUUUUGUGUGCUUAAAGGACUCCAGGGUAUAUUUUGAAUACCACAACUGUUUGUAUUUGUGAUAAACCAGGCUUGGCCAGUAAUACCACUCCUCAGAUAUGUGUCAGUGGGACACCAAUAUACAAAAGCAUACGUCCCUGCUGGUCAUGGAUUUAGAGUGAUUGUGUAUUUAAUACCUGAAUAAAAGUUAACACAAAGAAUAACGUACUUAAGGUUGUUUACCAGUUUGUAUUGUCCCUGCAGUUUAUUUAACUUUAAGUUCAGUAGAAAAUUUGCUCAUAGACACUAAUGUGACUGUUUAUGUGUGCAUGACCUUUCAUGUGUCACUGUGUGCUGAUUUCUCUGUUCUUAUGUGGCCGUGUUCCCUCCAGACUGGCAGCCAUGCUGACCAGCUUCAUAGAGGGUCUGCUCUGCUGCCUCGCCUCAAAAUCAGCCAACGUCGUGGUUCCCGUGGAAACCUCAGAACCUGCCGAUGGCUACGAGUUUGUGGAGGUGAAACCAGGCCGCGUUCUGCGGGUUCGACAUAUCAUUCCUGACCGGCCGGUGUUGGAGGAACCCACCGGGCAAGGUGGGAGUGUGAGCUGCAAACGAAAGAUCACCGUUUACCGCAAUGGGCAGCUGUUUAUUGAGAACUUGGGCGACAGGGCGAGUACAGAGGUGAAAAACUGCCACAACGGAGAGUCAGAACCCAACAGCACUGUACAGGUUGAACUGACUGACUCUGGUAACUCCCCACUGCCCGUCAGGAUCCCUGAGGGCAGAUCAGACUCUGUCACUGCUGGAAACAAUGGGGCAUCUGAAACAGGAGCAGCAGGAGAUGCACCUGCUGCUGGACAGACUGAACCAUCCCAGCAACUGAGAAAGCGCCGGAGGAAGCCGAAGCGCUCUGUGGUGAUCGACUGUGAGAGGAAAAUAUCAGCCUGUAAAGGGACACAUCCGGACGUGGCUCUGUUUUUCAUCCACGGAGUUGGAGGUUCGUUGGAUAUCUGGGGAAGCCAGCUGGACUUCUUUUCUCGGCUGGGCUACGAGGUGAUCGCCCCGGACCUGGCAGGUCACGGAGCCAGCACAGCACCACAGAUAGCUGCAGCAUACACUUUCUACGCCCUGGCUGAGGAUAUGAGACUAAUCUUCAAGAGAUAUGCAAGGAAAAGGAAUAUUCUCAUAGGACAUUCUUAUGGUGUGUCGUUCUGUACGUUCCUGGCCCAUGAGUAUCCCGAACAGAUUCACAAGAUGGUGAUGAUCAACGGUGGAGGUCCCACAGCUCUGGAGCCCAGCCUCUGCUCCAUCUUCAACCUGCCCACCUGUGUGCUUCACUGCCUCUCCCCGCUGCUGGCCUGGAGCUUCCUCAAGGCUGGCUUUGCUCGGCAGGGUGCCAAGGAGAAGCAGUUGCUGAAAGAAAACAAUGCCUUCAAUGUGUCGUCGUUUGUGUUGCGCGCUAUGAUGAGCGGGCAGUACUGGCCUGAGGGGGACGAGGUUUACCACGCCGAGCUCACAGUGCCCACCCUGCUGGUUCAUGGCAUGCAUGACAAGUUUGUCCCAGUGGAAGAGGACCAGCGCAUGGCAGAGAUCCUCCUACUUGCGUUCCUGAAGGUCCUGGAGGACGGCAGUCACAUGAUCAUGAUGGAGUGUCCUGAGGCUGUCAACACACUCCUACAUGAGUUCUUCCUCUGGGAACCGGUCACCCACGCACCGCCAAAGAAAGAGUCCAAAACACGUCCAGAGACUGCCAAAGCUCAAAAUGACAACACCAAGGCGAUAUCAGAGCUCGCCAAGGUCCGGCCUGCAACUGCCAGGCAGACCUCAUCAAACGACAGAACAGAGGACAAGCCAGACAGCAAGGCCAAAAAAUAAGUGAAGAUUAAAGCUGAGUCAGAUUGAAGCUGAAACAGUGGUUGUUUCAGUAAAUCAUGGCUGGCCGUGCGUUCAGUGCGUCCCGAGGAACUGAGCUGGUUUGAGCCGUUGAACCCGAUGAUGAGCCAAAACAGCCAGUUUAUCUGAGCAGUCCAGCUGGACGGUGGAGGGAGUUUUGAUUCCAGUUACUGUAUGUAAAGCUGCAGAGCUGAAGGAAAAAGGAGACAAACAUGGUCCAAUCUUCAGCUUGCAGCUCCUGGUCCUAAACAUACAGACGGGAAGACAUGGUCGUGCCUUGGAGUGGUGUGCAGUGGACAGUAACACACAGCCAUGAGGCCAGUGGUGAAAACUAACAGUUACAGGUGGCAAAGUGAUAGACUUCUGGUCGGAGUUUGCCCUUCCUUUGAAGGUGGAAAAACAAAUUCCACCAGUCAACUACCUAGUUGGCAUGAAACAUGCUCCUGGUUACUGCACGAUGUAAAGCAAGAGCAGAGCCAAAACUUCAUGCAUACUAGCUGGAUAGUUAAUUAGCCUAAUGCAUUAGCACUCUUGAAGACACAGUUGUUUAUUUACUGCAUGUGUGUGUGUAUGUGUGUGUGUGUGUAGGGAUGUUUUGAGGGUAGAUUCUCCCACUGCUCACGCCUAUUGCACACAGAGUUUACUGCUGUACACAGAGUAGCACUGAAAACAACGGAGAGGAUGUUAAAUGAUUCAAAAUGGAAAUAGGCUCAUUGUAGUAGUAGGGUUCAAGCUGCUAUUUCUGAUAUUGACCAAAAAUGCAUAAAAGUGUGUUUGUUGGUUGACUGAGUUGCAAUUUGUCAACCUCAAGAAGCGAAAAAAUGAUGAAGUGCUGAUCAGGACAGAAGUGAAAGUAAAUUUUCUGCUUCCUAGAAAACAGGAAAAUGUUGGUCACUGAAGCGUGCUCUGCUAAAUUUAGGGAUAGUUGAGGUUCAACAAUGAAUCAUCAACUCAUGUGAACAGCUCAAAUAUCAUGACCACAGUAAGAUGUUAAAACAAUGAGAAAAGAGCAUGUGUUGUGAUGCAUCAGGGAAGUACAAAAGUGGCGUUUAAAGUCAAUGCAGCCCAAACUGUGCCCAAGCUGACACUGGACGAUUUAGUAUACUAAAAUUCUAAGUAUUUAAAAUAUUCAGUAAUUUUGCAAUGUAGCCAUGUGCUGGUACUGUAGCAUUCUUGAUAGCCAGAUAUUAUUGCAUCUGAUGUAUGCACUCAACAGGUCACUGUAAAAGUUUGUUUUAUUCUGAUUGUAUUCUGAACCCUCUAACUUCACAGCACAGACAAACAGCUUCACCAUUUAAACUUCUGUGACAGUUUUCUGACUACUAAAAUAGUUUGUGUCUGUCUUUACAUUCUUGUUAGUGCUGCAGUAGUGCAGGUAUUUGUAACGUACACAAACCGUCUCGGAGCCUCUAACACAGAUACUGUAGAUGGAGUAAAUGAGCACAGAUGUCAUUGUUGGCUCUCAAUUCAAUAGUAUUGGAUGUUUUUAUACAUAGAAUAUACUUUUUUAUACAUUUCACUUGGAUUUGUGAUGAACGGACAGAGUUUUUUAAAAAAAAAACUGUAACUGAGUCAAUUGAAGAUGCAGUUUCUAUCACAGAAAUGCAGCUUAUGAUUGUACCAUACUGAUGGAAACUGUAUAUUUUUCUAACUUGUCUUAAAUUUUGUAACUGUUUGCCUUUUUCAAUGAGAAACUGCUGAUUGACAAAAUUAUCAAAGUAAAUGAUUUUGUGUUGUGACUUUUCAACAAAAUCUUCAAGGGUGUUUUUUUUCUA